CCAUUGUAGGCUGUAGCCCAAAACCCAUUAUCCCUUCCCUUAACGAGAAAGAUUGACGACGGUGCAGCGACAGUGAGUGGAACGCAAUGGUUGGUGGUGGCGUCUCUCGCAUUUCCCACCAUUUUCGAGACUGCGACUUCCAUUUCCAUUUCCACUUCACUUUUACUUACUCUGCUUUUCAAACUUUCCACCUUUCGUCUCCCCCACUCCCUCUCAAACCUCGCUGGGGAGGCAUUUCUCAAACCAUAGUUCCCUCAAAUUACCGCUGUUUUGGCACCCCACCUAAGUCCCCCGGCGAAAUUCCUCUCCUUUUCGAUUGUUUCAGCCAACAAGAAGAGGAUCGUGAAAUUCUCUCUGAUGGAACAUCUGCCGUGGCAGGUGGAAUUGUAGCAUUGGGAAAGUUUGAUGCUCUACACAUAGGUCAUAGAGAACUUGCAAUUCAAGCAUCAAGGGCUGGACCUCCAUUUCUUUUGUCAUUUGUUGGCAUGGCAAAAGUACUUGGUUGGGAACCUAGGGCUCCUAUAGUUGCUAAAUGUGACCGAAAGCGAAUUCUUUCAUCUUGGGUUCCUUAUUGCUGUAACAUGGUCCCAGAAGAGUUUGAGGUUGAAUUUUCAAGCGUUCGACAUCUCAAUCCCCGACAAUUUGUUGAAAAGUUAUCAAAAGAGCUUAGGGUGCGGGGAGUUGUUGCAGGUGAGAACUACCGAUUCGGGUAUAAAGCAGCAGGUGAUGCCUUGGAGUUAGUUAAGCUUUGUGAAGAGUACGGGAUGGAAGCUUACAUAAUAAAAUCUGUUAUGGACAAGAAUCGUUUUUCUGCUGAUAUGAAUUCUGUUACCAACUCCAAAGAGAGGGGACAGGUCUCAUCUACACGUGUUCGUGAAGCCCUUGCCGUAGGGGACCUGAAGUAUGUCUCAGAGCUUUUGGGGAGGCCUCAUCGUCUCAUAUUAAUGGCCACUGAUCAAGAAAGAUUCAGUACUGGGCAGUAUAAAGUGUCUGCUCCUAGAUCCUGCUUAUUGAAUCUAGCACCAAAGGAAGGAUUAUAUGAGAAGUGCUCACUUUUACUUGAUCAGGAAAAUGUUGUGCAGUGUAGUGUAGUUAUUGACAGCAAGUUUGUCCAUAUAGAAACAGAUUAUGGAGGUCUGAGUGACAUUUUUUGUUCUCAAAAUUUGAAGUUCUUGUUUAUUGAGUUUGGUGAUUCCUGCACUUGAUUCAGUUUAGAUAAUUAUUUCUAUUUAAAUUUUUAGUCUACUGAAUUGUAGAUGAUUUUUAUCCAUCUCCCAAAGUAGAGUGAUACAGGUAUAUAUGUACCUUUCUUCCUUUUUUCCCCUCUUCAAUGCAAUAUGCCUCCAAACUAA